AGCCAAAAUUUGCCAUUUCCAAGAUUGCCGCCGUCACUAAACCGGUGGUAGAAGACAGUUGUCCUGACGACCCAGAUUUCAUUUCACGAAGGACUUUUCAACCAUUCGGCAACUUCACAGUCCUUUGAUUAAACAACAAAUCAGCACACGAAGCUUCAUCCCAAUUGGAUACUAAUUCAAUUCCCAUUCCCAAUAUUGAAAAUGUAACGUCGUGUUUUACCAGCUCUAGAGUUGUUCAAACAAUUGCAACCCACUGAAAAAGAUCGAGUGAACCCUCGAUUUUCAGUCAACGGGGUCCUCUGUACACGGCAACGCAACCAGGUGCUCAAAUCGAAACGAAAUUUGGUUUAUCUCUUCUCAAAAUCCUGUUUUCUCAUCUGGGUCUUCUUCGUUUUGGUUGAUUUUGGGUUUUGUUUCGUCCAAAUGAACCCUCGAUUUGGGUUUUUGUUCUUGGUUUUGAUCUCUGUUUUACUGGGAGCUGAUUCAAAGUGCCCUAGAACAUGUGGUGUAGCUUUAGGUUCGUACUUCGUGUGGGAGGGUAGCACUUUGUCUAUCAUCUCUCAAAUGUUUCAUUUGUCAUCUCCUGAUAUAAUCGUCAGCUACAACAGUGGUAGAAUUCCCAAUAAAGACAGUGUUAAUAGCGGCAUCAGAAUCAACCUUCCAUUCUCCUGUGAUUGUAUUAGCGAUACGUUUCUGGGUCAUACGUUUCAGUACCAGAUUAAACGUGGAGAUACUUACAAUGAAAUUGCGACCAAAUUCUAUUCGAACCUGACUACAGUGGACAUGUUACAAAGAUUCAAUAAUUUUAAUGUUCUUCAGCUUCCUGAAAAUGGGAUUCUGAAUGUAGUAGUGAACUGCUCCUGUGGGAAUCCUGAUGUUUCCAAGACAUAUGGGCUGUUUGUCACUUACCCAAUUCGAUCCGAUGAUAGUUGGGAUAAGUUGGCAACAGAUACAAAUGUCAGCUCGUCUUUGCUGCAGAAGUACAAUCAGGAUGUGAAUUUCAGCCCAGGAAAUUUGAUCUUUAUUCCAGGCAGAGACCAAAGUGGCCACUAUCCACCUCUGAAUAUAAGCACAGGACUUGCAGGUGGCGCCAUUGCAGGCAUAGUUAUAGGCACAGUACUUGGGGUUCUACUUGUAGCAGGCGUCAUUUACAUUAGAAUUCGAAGGAGGAAGUCGAAAAGUUCUAAAUUGCUGGCAUUCUCCCAAGAUCUGUCUUCUCAAGAUGGGCGUGCUCUUGUCCCUGGAAGGUUGUUAGAUAAAUCUACUGAAUCAAAUGGUCAAGGUGGUGGUGGUAUAGCUGCUGUUACAGGUAUUACUGUGGAUAAAUCAGUGGAUUUCUCGUAUGAAGAACUCGCCAGGGCCACGGACAACUUUAGCUUAGCUAACAAAAUCGGUGAAGGUGGUUUUGGAUCAGUUUACUACGCAGAACUCAGAGGAGAGAAAGCUGCAAUAAAGAAAAUGGACAUGCAAGCUUCAAGGGAGUUCCUUGCUGAAAUUAAUGUUCUAACACGCGUUCACCACUUGAACCUGGUGCGCUUGAUAGGAUAUUGUGUUGAGAAUUCUCUAUUCCUCGUCUAUGAGUACAUUGAGAAUGGCAACUUAAGCCAACAUUUACGAGGCACAGGUCGAGAUCCAUUGCCGUGGCCUUCUAGGGUCCAAAUAGCCCUCGAUUCAGCUAGAGGCCUCGAGUAUAUCCAUGAGCACACUGUUCCCGUUUAUAUUCAUCGUGAUAUUAAAUCCGCCAACAUAUUGAUUGACAAAAACUUUCAUGGAAAGGUUGCAGACUUUGGGUUAACCAAGUUAACUGAAGUUGGAAAUUCUUCGCUUCCUACUCGUCUUGUGGGCACAUUUGGAUAUAUGCCACCCGAAUAUGCACAAUAUGGUGAUGUUUCUCCAAAGAUCGACGUAUAUGCUUUCGGUGUUGUUCUUUACGAGCUUAUUUCAGCCAAGGAAGCUGUGGUCAAGACAAACAGAAUGAGUGCAGUCAAUGAAUCAAAAGGCCUUGUUGCGUUGUUUGAAGAUGUCCUGAAUCAACCCGAUGCAAGAGAGAACCUUCACAAACUAGUCGACCCAAGACUUGAAGAGAACUACCCUCUCGAUUCAGUUUUCAAGAUGGCUCAGCUUGCUAAGGCAUGUACACAUGAGAAUCCACAGCUACGGCCAAGCAUGAGAUCCAUUGUGGUUGCUCUCAUGACACUUUCUUCUGCAACAGAGGAUUGGGACGUUGGCUCUUUCUACGAAAACCAAGCUCUUGUCAACUUGAUGUCGGGAAGGUAGACGUAGAGUCGAGCACCAUGGUUAUCGGGGUCGCUCCCCUGUCCAAUGGAAGGGUGUGUACCUUGCAACCUUCUCAUUUGGUGUGAUAAUACCAAAAAUAUUCUUCAUUUCUAGACAUACGUAUUUGUAAAUCCAUGUAGCUGCGAAUUAUGAAGAAAGCUCAUGUAAAUUUAUUUAUUUUGUUUCUUAAAUGCUUAAUUGUGAUUUUUAUAGCAGAA